CUCCUGUUCACAGUCGUCUCAGAGCAGGAGCGCCUGUGACAGUGGGCUGCUUUGAUUCAUGCUGUCGAGGGGCCACAUUUUUGGGAUUAGCAGAACAUUAAUGCGGCCAGAACAGAGCGCAUGAAGGAGGAGAAGAUGAAUGUGGAGGCUCUGAGCAGAGCAGAGCUGCUGACUCUCCUCAGUAUUUUGGAGGGAGAGCUGGAAGCCCAGGAUGUCGUCAUACACGCCCUGAGGGCUCAGCACAGAGAUGCUUUUGUCCAGGAGCGCUACGGCCAGUAUGACCUCAGCGAUCCAUUUCUGGCCCUGCAACGAGACAGCGAACCAGAGGAGCGCCAAAGCACACUCACCCAAACUCACACACACCUGCAGGGCCGGGCGGUGGGCCCAAACCCUCUGGCUGUGCUUAAACUGGUCAUGGCUCAUUGCAAGAGGAUGCAGGAGAGGAUGAUGGGACAGUUGGCGGCUGCUGAGAACAGACACAGGAGGAUGAUAGCUGAUCUAGAGGAGGAGAAACGACGGCGUGCCCAGGACUCCGCGCAGAGUGACGAUUUCGCCUUCAUGCUGCAGACAGAAAGAGACAAACUCUUGCAGCAGCUGGAAGUUGAGCGAGCAGCAGUGCGGAGGUUAGAGAAGGAACAGGCUCAGGCGGUGAGCCAGGUAGAGGAGUCACUUUCCCAGCAGCAGCAGCUUUCUUCAACUCUGAGUCUGGAGCUCCAGAAAGCCAGCAGCCAGGCCCAGGAGGAGGCUCAGAAGGUCUCCCAGCUCCACGCUUUGCUCCAAGAGGAGACCAGCACUGUGGAGAAGCUCCGGGGGAUCCUUGAAGAUGAAAAGAGGAGGGCAGCCCAGCUAGAGGCUAUGUUUGAGAGGCAGCAGGCUGAGUUUCACACAGAACGAGAGCAGAUGAAAGACAGGAUCAGCAAAGAGGAGGAAAGGAGUAGGGAGCUUGAGAGACAAAUUGGGGAGCUGAGUAAGAGGUUAGCUGAAACUGGAGGAUGUAAAGAAGAGGUAAAGGAGGCUGUGGCAGAUGUGAAAGAGUUGCCUUCCAAAAUGAUGGUGGUGUCCACCUCUGUUCAGACUGAGCCGGAUGGAAAGAUAACUGCCACUCCUAAAACCACCUCACUGUCAAAGGUCAAUGGCCAUCACAUGCUCAAAGAGACAGAACUGACACAGGAAGGGAGAGGAGCAGAAAAUAUAGGGGUGGUGGAAAAUGGGGGAGGAACAGCUUUGCAUUCUCCUCUCCAUCCUCACCCUCAUCCUCCCUCUCCCUCCAGCACAGCCUCCUCUUCCCUCUCCUCUUCCCCCAUUUCCUCACCUGUUCUGGCAAAACGUCUCGGCAGCCCAGGGUUCCAUCAGUCCUCCUACCAGGCUGGAGUCAACCAGCGAUUCCAGGCCGCCAGGCACAAGUUCCAGACCCAGGCUGAGCUGGAGCAGCAACAUCAGGGCGGCCCUCUUUCCCCCAGGGACCUCUCACCCACCACCUCUUCCAUCCCUCCUCCACCAGAGAACAGCACAGCUAAGCAGCUGGCCCGCAACACGGUAACACAGGUGCUGUCCCGGUUCACCAGUCAACAGGCUGGUGUCAAGCUUGCGCCAAUCAGCAGCUCUCCGUUUGGUACAGACUACCGCAAUAUAGCAGUGUCUCCUACUGGGGGGAGGUCGCCUUCUUCAGGGCCUCUAUCUCCGGGCAUCCGCUCCCCCUUGACUCCUCGCUCAGAGAAGACCCAUCCUCCUCCGAUCCCUCCCAAGAGGCCAGGCAUGAGUCCGACUCCAGGCUCCCCAAGUCACACUGCACGGACCAGCCUCUUCCCAGAGCUGACAGGGAACUGUGGGCAGAGUGGCCAGGAGGGAGCCAAGGAGCCAGACCUGGUUUUAUCUUCUAGCAGCUAACAGCCAGGACAUACAAACUGAUAAAUCAGUCAGGUCUAAAUCAACAGCUACUGUAAUAUUCAUUUACUAGCUCUUAAACCCACAUCAUAGCACUCAUUAUCAGUGGUAUAGGAUCCAACUAAACACUUCAAAGCUAGCCUGUUUCAAACAGAUGCAUUUAAGAGUUUGUCAAAUCCUACCUCUACACCACAACCUGAGAAACAAUCG